GCCCCCACAUAGCUUGCACGUCGCGGAAAAAAAAAAAAAACAGCAGCAUCGGCGGCCGUUGGGGAAGAGAGUAAAUAGAGGGAGAAGCCUCAAGAUGGCUGACUCGCAGGGCUCUGUUCACCUUUCCGGAGCUCUGGUUGUUGCUCCUUCUCCUUCCGCUGCCGGAGCUUCGGUCAAAAACGGACUCGGUAAGGCAACCGAGUCGAAGGGAGCCGCUGACAACCGCCCGCAGUGUUCCGGAGAUUUUAGCCCACCGCCACCCAAGAAGGUCCGAGUCGAGGAUAGGAGCGUUAAACCCAAGAAAGUCAGCAAGGACGGGGGUGAUGGAAACAACGGAAGCGGGAAAAAGAAAACCCAACAGCUCACUAAGCAGCAGAAUUGUAGUAGCAGUAACGCGGGCUUAUGGAGCUUCAGCCCGGGUAAGACGAGCAGCAGCAGCAACCCUCCGGUGCCUGCUACCGAUGGAUCCCAGCCACUCAAAGUCUUUAAACAGAGCGAUUUCUUCCUCCACAAGGCGCCUUCCUCGAAAACCAAGUGUAAAGAUAAACAGAAGGAGAGAGAAAAAAGGAAAGGAGGCGGGGAGGAGAAAAAGAGACAUAAACUGUUGGUGACCUCCGGAGUUGGGAAUAAUGUUACUAACAGCAACGACAUUAAAGGAUUUAACAACGUUUCUGCAGCGAAGAGAGAAAAUGGAGAUGUCCUGUUACCAUCAAAAGAAAACCCCAACAAGGACAAGAUGAAGGCUCGCGAAAAGAAGAAGGUGAAAGAACGAGAGAAGGAGAAGAAAAAGCACAAAGUGAUGAAUGAGAUCAAGAGAGAGAACGGCGAAGUCAAGCAGCCGAUUAAAGAAGAAACAGAGAAAGCGAAGAUCAAGUUGGAGGAGCUGCAAAUCAAAAAAGUGAAGAAGAAAAAGAAGAAGAAACACAAAGAUGGGGAGAAGCACAAGCGAGUGAAGAUGUACCACCGCUCCUGCCAGACCAUCUGUGCCGGCCUCCUUCUCCUACCACCUCCUCCCUCCUCAUCCGCCAACUCCUUCUCCUCCUCCGAGCAAACAAACGACUCUUCUGCAUCGCCCUUCAAGUCUCCUCCACCCGUUUACCUCACGCCCAACAACAAAAACUCCAAUCUCUGGCCCUCUUCUCCUCCUCCUCCUCCUGCCUCCAAGUCACUCUUCAACUCCUCCAACUCAAAGCUCCCCUUUUCCACAAAACGCAACUCGCAGAGCAUCCAUCCUGGAAUGGCAGGCCUCGAGUUUGCGCCCUACAUUUAUAUCGAAAACCAGCCGAAUGGAGGGGCUCUGGUAGCUCAUGCGUAUGCAUCUCAGCUCUCCUCUCUCUCUGUGGACCAGAGGCAGAGAUUUGCCCAGGAGUUUGUCACGUUGUCGUUCAGCGAGGACCAGUCCAAGGCAGCUCACUACGUCAUGGGAAUUGUUCACGGAGGAGCCAAGAACCUUCCCGACUUCUUGGAUUACUUUUCGACCAAGUUCCCAUCGGCUCCUGUCAAAAUGGAAAUACUCGGAAAGAAGGACAUAGAAACAACCACUAUGGCUAAUUUCUGCUCUCAGGUGAAGAGAACGUACAGCCACGGUACGUACAGAGCCGGAGCGAUGAGACAGAUCAGUCUGGUGGGAGCCGUGGACGAAGAGGUCGGGGAUUAUUUCCCAGAGUUCCUCAGCUUGCUGGAGGAGUCCCCCUUCCUGGAGCGGACUCUUCCGUGGGGAACGCUUUCCAGCCUGAGAAACAUGAGUCCAGCAAAGAGCGACGACGGUCCGAUAAUGUGGGUCAGACCAGGAGAACAGAUGAUACCUGUAGCCGACAUACCAAAGUCUCCUUUUAAAAGAAAGCGCUCCACUAACGAGGUGAAGAAUCUGCUCCAGUCCAUGCCCCGGACCAGCGAGCCCAGAGAGGUUCUGUUCGAGGACCGGACCCGUGCCCACGCCGACCACAUCGGCCAGGGCUUCGAGCGUCAGACCACGGCGGCCGUGGGAGUGCUGAAGGCUGUCUGCACCGUAGAAAGGUCGGAGCCGCCUCGUGUCACCAAAGACGUUGUUUGUUUCCAUGCUGGGGAUUUCCCUUACGUCGUUCAGAGGCUGCAGUUGGACUUGUACGAACCGCCGCUGUCUCAGUGCGUCCAGUGGGUGGACGAUGCCAAGCUGAACCAGCUUCGGCGGGAGGGCAUCCGCUACGCCCGCAUCCAGCUUUGCCACGACGACAUCUACUUCAUCCCCCGCAAUGUGGUCCACCAGUUCAAGACGGUCUCAGCCGUCUGCAGCCUGGCGUGGCACAUACGCCUGCAGCAGUACCACCAGGAGGAGGAGGUGAAGGAGAAGGCUACGGUGAAGGAGGAGGAGACAUUGAUUCUGGCUGAGGAGCAGGGUGGAGAGAAGAAGGAGAGGAUAAAGGGGGAAGAAGAGGAGGUGGCUGUGGCAGACAAAUGGACGUCGCACACUGACAAAAAGGAAGAAGGCGAUGAUCGUCUUCUGUCGCCUCAACCCUCGGACGACAUCUCAGAUGCCAGCAGAGACGAAGAGGAGGCGAUGCGAAGGAAAGAAGAACCUCACCGGGUUUCUCCUCCUGAAAAGAUGAAGACAGAAGCUCCGACUUCUCCUCCCUGCAAGAAUAAAUCGCCCUCUCCUCUUCAUCUCCCUCCCCCUGCUUCUCCUCAUAAGGACAUGAAGUCCAAAGCCUCAGCUAAGCCUCACCUCCACAGUCCACCUGGCAGCAGGACGGCGGCCUCCUCCUCAUCUCAGAAGCCCCCCGGUUGCUCCAAGUCUUCCGCCAGCGCGUCGUCCUCGCCUCCAGCAGGAGCCGCCUUCACUUCCUCGCACACUGUGUCUUCUACCUCCCCGUCUCCGUCGGCUUCCUCUCCCUCUCUGACGAGUCCCACGUCUGCAGCAGAGGCUCUCGUGAAAACUCUUCCUCCUUCAAGAGUUUCCUCUUCCCUCCAGCUGCAUUCGUCUUCCCAUUCGGAGCAGCCGGACGAUUCCCGCACAAAGGACUCCACCCGGACUCCGGCGCCGUCCGACGUACAGACUUGCUCCGCCCCGGCCGAGCGUUGGACCCGCCCGGCGGCGGACACACGGACGCAAACCGCCUCCGAUUCGGAGACGAGGACUCGCGGCUCGGAUCCCGACUCCAGGACUUGUGUUGAUGUGCAGCAGCGACUGGCGCCAGACAUGACCCGGGGAGGGGUGUACAUGCAGCAGUACCCCCCCCAGCACCUCCCGCAGAUGCUCCCCCCUCCUUUUCCUCCUCUGCUCCCCCCACACUCCCACCUUCAGCCUCACAUCCUCCCCCAGACGCCCGUCUCCAGUCCCCAUGAGCACCGCCCUCUGAACUCCUUCCUCAGUCAGGCGGCGCCACCCCAUUCGGUUCACCUGGGCCACCUGCACCCCCCCCACCCGCCCAGCCUCACCACACAGUCUCAGCCUUACUUCAUGGGCCCUCCCUCCUCCUCCCCCUCUCAGCCAAACGCCCCCCUCACCAGCUCCCAGUCUCUCUCGCCUCAUUUCUCCUACCAUCACCAGUUCGCCAAGCCCUUCUUCCCCCCACAGCACCCCGGCUUCCCCUCUCACCCCUUCCUCCCUCAUCAGUCCUUCCUCCCGCAGCCACCCACUUCUUACCCACUGCAGCCACAGUACCAAACCUCAGCAUCGGUGCAUCCCCAGCUGCUUAUGUCGCAGUCGUUUACCUCCCCUCACCCCCCGCCUCCCCCGUCCUCCACGCCGCCUCCGCCCCCUCCCCCUUUCCCGCCGCCUCCCCCCUUGCCUCAGUCCUCCCCUUCCAUCUUCCCCUCUCCCCCCGAGGCAUGACAUCGAGCAGAAACAGAUUUUAUAUAGGAGUAUUUGUACAUACCGAUGGUAAAUUUAAAUAACUGUAUAUGUAGGAGGCUUUGUUUUGGUUGUGCUGUUGUAAAGCUGUACAAAGGAAGUGAGGUGGGAGGAAGUAAAGUUUUGUUUGUUUGUUUGUUUUUUUUGUUAUUGAGCAGAGUGGGACUAAAACACGGUGCCUUUCAUAAGAAUUUAUACCCUUAACUUCUCAUUUUGUCACCGUUCAACCGUAAACUUCAGUGCAUUUUUAUCAGGAUGUUAUAGGAUGGACCAGAUGUUUGUAAUCUAGAAAUGGAAGGAAAAAUGCUACACAGUUUUAAAACUUUUUAAGGCCACCUUUUGCUGCAAUUACGUCUGGAAGGCUUCUUGAGUUUGUUCAUGAAGAAAAGUAUUCCCACAUCAUGCUGCUGCCUCCACCGUGUCCUACAGUGGGGGAUUAGGAGUUCAUCCCGGGAGUCUGCAACUUUUACCAUCCAAAGAGCCAUUGUUCCCCUCAGUCCAGCUAAAUAAAACAGAUCUGGAUUUACAAGUAUGACCUUACCUUUUGAAAAAAGAUAUCUUACAAUUUUUAUAAUUACCCGCUUUAAGUAAUUUUUUAAAGAGCAAACAUUUUACUCCUAUUUUUAGGUGUUUUUUUUUUUUAUCACAAAGGAAAACAAGACUUAUUUUCAAAAAUAUCAUGGCUAUUUUUUUUAUAUUGGAUGUUGAUAUUUGCAUAGUUCCCAGCCUGAAAAUAAGAAAAAUAUAAAAAUGACAGGUACUUAAGUUUCAUUCUGUUGUGGAAAUGAAACUGAAAAAUAGCUCAAACUUGGAUUUCUGCUCUUUAAUCAUUUUUAGUCAAAGUUUCUAAGACUCCAAACAGCCGGUGGUGGCUUCAGAGCCAACGGUUGCAGACAAAAACCCUUUAAGAACAGACAUUUUUUUCCCAUUUCACAAUCAUGCACUACUUUGUGUUUAAAAAAAAAAAAAAUCUUUAAAAUCACAUUAGAUUGCGCUGAGGUUUACGACUUUUCAUUUUGUGGGUGCCAAUCCUCAUGCAAGGCAUCGUGUCAGCCCGCCCCGCCGCACUAAACUGGCUCAGAUUUUUACUGAGGCUUGAAGUAUUAAACCGUUUUGCAUUUCAUUUCAUUUGCAGGAAGCUGUUGCUUUUAGAAAGUGAAGGGCGCACCUGUUUUUAACCCCCGAAUGAUGCAAGGUCGUGGGCUCAAACGAGGCCUCUGGUGUGCAGGUGUGUUGUCCGGUUCUGUUCUCGUCCCUUCGGAGCCGACAGAACCCACCGUCAGACAUAGGAAGAAAACUUAUUUAUUUAAAAGAGCUUUUUAAACUGUUUUUUAAAAUGAAACUUGCAGCUAAAGCUUCCAUUUUCGGGGGGUUUAUUUAAUUCAGUUGUGUAUUGAUACGAUACUGCAUCACUGCGUCCUCUGUAUUUAUCAGUACAAGUCGACGCAGAUACUGGCUGGGCUUUUCCGCCAUGUUGUGUUUAGAGCAAUAACCCGCUAAAUAUCAAACAGAAACCUGUGUCUGUCUUUUUACUCAUGUUUUUAAGUGGACAAUGGAACAUAAUAAUGAGGAGUGCAAUUAAUAGACGAUUCUAAACUUUUCAAAUGUUUCAUUGGCUAAAAAAAAAAAAAAAGGAAUGUUAUGGACUCAACUGCAGGCUCCGUGCGAAUUGAAAGUCAGUCCGUUUGCCUUCAGUGGCAGAGCGCUAAUGUCAUUUUUAAUGUCUUCUGGCUGUUUAGAUGAGUUUUUGUUGAGGAGUUGGUUCAGCCGCAGCCAAGACGGUCUCAGGAAAACACUUCCAUCGGAAAAAAAAAAACAAAAAACAGCUCGCUUUAAUGGUUUUACUGCUAGAUUUCUGGUUUCACGCAGCCGAUAAACGUUCUGACUGAGGUUUUUGCAGAUAUGCUUCUCCUGUUGAACAUUUAAACUUCUGGAUUCAAAGAGCAAUACAAAGACGUGGGAGGUCAAACCGAGGCACGGGCCGGUUAAAAGAGUAUAACCGAGGAUUAAACGGCUGCAUUAAUAUUCACCAAUAUUGUGAUUUUUAUGGUUUGAGGAAUUUCUUUUCUGGCUGUAUGGAACAUGGUUAUACACUGCUGCCCCUC